GAAGAAGGAGCUGGUUAUUCAUCACACAAGGGUCGCAGGGGCAGAAGUUUCUGAGCUUUUCUGUGGAGGAGGAAACUACUUCUGUGACCAGGGAGACGAGCUUCCACCAACAUGGCUGCGGUCUCAGCCUGGUUCUGGAACGAGAGGUUUUGGCUUCCACACAACGUCACCUGGGCGGAUCUGGCGGACCCGGCGCCCGGGGUGGAGUAUCCCAAAGUCGGACACUUGUUUGCUGCCCUGCCGCUGGCUCUGGGGAUCUUGGCCGUCAGGAUCUUCUUCGAGAGAUUUAUUGCCAGUACCUGUGCCCAGCGUCUCCACCUUCAACCAGGUGUUGGAAGAAGAGCUCAGCCCAACACAGUGCUGGAGAAAGUUUAUACAUCCAUCACAAAGAGUCCAGACUCCCGACAUCUGGACGGCCUCUCCAAACAGCUGGACUGGGAUGUACGAAAGGUCCAGCGUUGGUUCAGACAACGCAGGAACCAAGACAAACCCAGCACACACACUAAGUUCUGCGAGAGCAUGUGGAGGUUAACAUUUUACUUGUGCAUAUUUAUCUAUGGCAUCCGGUUUUUGUUGCAGUCCCCUUGGAUGUGGGAUACACGACAUUGCUGGUACGGUUACCCCUAUCAGGUCAUGACUCCGGGUCUUUACCACUACUAUGUGACAGAAUUGGCCUUCUACUGGUCACUCAUGUUUUCCCAGUUCUCCGACAUAAAAAGGAAGGACUUCACGAUCAUGUUCAUCCAUCACCUGGCGACAGUCGGCCUGAUCAGCUUCUCCUACGUCAACAACAUGGCGCGGGUCGGGAGCCUGGUGAUGUGUGUCCAUGAUGCCUCUGACUUCCUGCUGGAGGCAGCCAAGCUGGCCAACUAUGCCAAAUACCAGCGCCUGUGUGACUUCCUCUUCAUUGUGUUCAGUGUGGUUUUCUUCAUCACACGACUUGUUAUAUAUCCAAUAUGGGUCCUUAACUCCACUAUGUUUGAGAGCUGGGACAUAGUCGGGCCGUUCCCGUCCUGGUGGGUCUUCAACAUCUUACUGCUCGUCCUACAGGUGCUGCACAUCAUCUGGUCCUACCUCAUAUCCCGUAUAGCUGUGAAAGCCAUGCUGCGCGGCAAGGUGUGUAACGACGUCCGCAGUGACAUUGAGAGCAGCUCAGAAGAAGACUUUGACACGCCCACAGACGCCCUCAAGGCUCCUGCUCAUUCUCCCAAGGGAGAGAAUGGCACUAACGGCCACUGUGCUGCCUCCAGAGCUCAGGCACACAACCACAGCAGCUGGUGACAUGGUCCCUGGCGCCCCCUGCAGUUUGUUUUCCUGAGCGCUUAGUUUGUCCUGUGAAAGUCGUGCAAGCUCCCUCUCACAUUUGAGACACACGCAGUCUUCAACCACACAUUACUCAGACAGCGAGUGUGCACAGAUUCACAUGUUGGUGAACUGACGGAUACACAGAUACUUGAACAGCACAACUCAAGAGGGGAAACAACAUGGAAAUCAGUUGUAGCAAGUGAUUUAGCCUUUUUCUUUUAAACAAUUUAUUUUGUGUGUUUGGCUGCAGAUGUUGGUCGGUUUCAAGGUUCUCUCCCAGUUUUAUUGGUCAGAUGAACUUGAUUUAUUUUGUUUCCAUGGGUUCAUUUCAUUUAUAGGAUAGAAAACUCUUCCUGGGGCGGGUUUGACCUUUCAAGGAUUUUGCACUUCUUUAUUCAAAUUUAACAAGUCACAGUUGUUAUUCGUAGAAUAUCUGCUUUAUGUGGCCGUCUCUGCCCUUUGCAGGUUUGUGUGCUUUUAC